UCCAAAAUGCCAAGUCCUGGUUCUGUGGCCUCUUCACAAAACACUCAAUCAGAUAACAGUUCUUAUCCUCAAUGUGAAAGCUCAGAUCUCUCGGGAAACUAUUUUCCGUAUUCAGGUCAUCAGCACAGCUCGAGGCAUCCAGCAAAACAAGACUUCUUUGGAGAGGUCACCUCAAGACGGAGGCAUUAUAUCCAGAGACAGCCGAGAUGCACGCGGAUAUUUCAGCAUAAGAAAAAUGGGGACAUCGACUUGGGUUACAAGUACAAAGUACUGAAAAAUGUUUUAAAACUUUACAGAAAAAAUUUCUUACACCGAAGCCGAAGUUUCGAUAACAUGGAACAGAGACAACUUCCAACAAGACCUGAAAAACAUAGCAAACUUCAGGCGAGUUGCUUGUCGAGUUCGUCUUGGAGUGACACGCUCGACGAUGAGCCAACGAGUCAAUCUAAAAAAACGAACAAAUUCAACCAUCAAAUGCCGAAAUUUUCACCCUCGGCUGAACGCCUGCUGUGUCAAAUGUGCUCGCCGUGUCGAAAGCGAACUAUUCGUUGGGGUCUUGGAGACAAGGAUCUACCCAUAACGAAAACGGCAUUUCACGAAUUAAAAAACGAAACAAAUGAUUCAGAAGCUCAUCACGAUCGCCUUUUUGAUGCCGAAACACUGCCAGGCUCAAGCGGUUUACAAGACAAUCAGUGUUGCCCUCUUUGCAAACGCAGACCCAACACCCUGAUAACGACCCUGGACAUUCUGAAAGGUAUAAGUAGAACCGUUUCUUCCAGAAAGGACGAGGAGGGUUGCUGGAGACCGAAUUCGCCCACCAGCCUGAACCCGUGUUCCCCCACUUGUGGUACCCCCCGAGAUGAGGAACGGCAAGCGUACGACCCGUGCUGUGCCAGUAUGGAGAAGGAGGCGCAAGAGGCGUUCUGUGAGGCCAAGGACAUCCCCACAACAUUUCAACCCUUUGAACAAACUCCUGAUAUCAAGCGAUAUGCAGAAUUAAAGAGGCGCUUAGAUAGUUUGAAAUCAAAGCAGACAUCUGGUUUGAGGAGCCACGACAAGAGGAAAAGAACACGUAAAAGGGACGGCAACCAAUCUCCCAAUGUCAGGAAAAACAAACACACUAAGUCACUAGCUAAAGGGUCCGGAUUAGCCAAGUACAGCUCCGGACUGACCAAGUACGGCUCCGCACUGACCAAGUACGGCUCCGCACUAACCAAGUACGGCUCCGGAAUGACCAAGUACGGCUCCGGAAUGACCAAGUACGGCUCCGCACCCAACACGUUGAUGGGCAUGCCAUCAAAACUGAGUCCUGAAUAUUUCAACAAGUCUGGCCUGAUUGAAAAAAAAAGUUCCAGUGCUGCAUUCCCCGGUUCGUCACCCCGACUGAAUGACGUCACCGGGACAGGUUUUAAAUCCAUCGUAACGGUCGAUCACUUUGAAUCCUUUAAUCUGAAUAAAUUUGCGAUUCACAAUCCUGCCACCGCAGUGCAUCCCCGAAAUAUCUCAAACAACGUUGAUUUUUAUAAACAGAACAAGACGUUGCUGCAAGGGUCGGAAAACGCCGAGCCGAUCUUUGGUUCCGUGCAAGCUGCGAGCCCGCAAUGUUCGAACUACGUGCAGAAUAAAAUAGAUGAGUUAAAACUCUUUAUCGCGGCCAGCUCGGGCACCAAGAGGGAGCAUCCCGUUUCAAUGGACGAAACCAAAUGUCUGGUCGAGCUGAAGCCAGUGGGUCCCAGGAGACUGGCCAGCACCUCGGAGAGCAGUGCAGACUUCGAGCAACCCUCACCGCCCUCACCAAAAAACGUCCACACAGCCCACCCCAUCACGCUUCUCCAAGACCUCGUACGGGACAACCCUAAAUCCCAAAGUGCCAGUAAAGCAGAGGAAGAAGUCCCCGCGAGCCCCGUGGAGGAUGCCGCCGGCAAGCAAUGCUCUGACCACACGCUUGCUGCCUCUAAAAAGCAAGAUGCUGUCGUUCAGUGUGAGCUCAAGCGCAGUCGUUUGAGAACGCCUAAAAAGAAUCUGGAAGAAUCCCCAAACAGUCGCGCGAUUUUAAUUAUAUUGAACAACGGCAGCAAGAAGGAAAGAAACGAGUCUCAAAACAGAAAAUCGAGACUUAAAAAUAUGAAUGUUCUAGGGCAAAUAGACAAUGGCCCUGAUACUAAAAUGUUAGAGAAUGGCCAGAGCGAACCUCCGGAAAAACGACCGCAAGGUGCCUGCAGUUCAGCAUCCAAAUGUCAGAAUGUCAUUAACCCCGACGCCUCGAAGGCUGAAUUCAAGGUUGAAGAACUGGAUGUGAUUUACAAGUCGGCGGAGGAAAGGAACUCCAGCUUGAGUGGCGAAGAGGCUUGGCAUAAUUCUGUACCCAACAACGGGAACCCAGAAGAUGACGAUCUCCGCACAGAGGCCAUUGAUACUGAUAUUAGCUUCUUGUAGAAUCUUGGUGCUUAGUUUGGAUGUUAGGAUCUUCAUCGUGAUGUCUGGAUGUUCAUCGUGAUGUUAGGAAUUUCAUCAUGAUGUUAGGAUCUUCAUCGUGAUGCUAGGAUCUUCGUCGUGAUGUUAGGAUCUUCAUGGGUAUUGAAAUGUCAGGAGCGUGAUGGCUUGAUCUAUACAUUUCCCAAUGGUUAUAUCUCUUAGUUUUGUAAAAAUAGGGAAGUGAAAUUUCGAUCAUUUGACGAGGUGUGUUGCUAAAGUUUAGGUCAUUUUACAAGAUGUGUAGCUAAUAUUUAGGUUAUUUGACGAGGUGUGUAGCUUACAUUUGUCAUGUGGCGAGAUGUGUAGCUUACAUUUGUCAUUUGACGAGAUAUGCAGCCAACAUUUAAGUUAUUUGACGAGAUGUGUAGCCAUCAUUUAAGUCAAUAGACGAGUUGAGUAGCUUACUUUCGCCGUCUGACGAGUUGUGUAAUCAAUGUUCAGG